AUGUCCGAACUCCGCUCAGCAGUCUACAUCGCACCGCCCGCCCCUUUCCAAGCCCCCGGCAAAGGCAAAGGCGGCCUCUGGUCGCCCAUCUCCUGCACACUGAUCUACUCCGCAACGGAGGCAGUGCUAGUCGACACGCCCAUUACCAUCAAGCAAACCCAAGAGCUGCUGUCCUGGAUCGAACGCAUCGCCCCGAAGCGCACCCUAAGCUACAUAUACAUCACGCACGGACACGGCGACCAUUUCUUCGGCCUGCCGGUGCUGUUACAGCGCUUUCCCGAUGCGAAGCCCGUAGCGACCGCCGCGACACUACGGCACAUGGAGGAGCAGAUCGAGGAAACAAGUUACCAAGCGCAGUGGGAGGCUCUGUUUCCAGGGCAGAUUGAGCGCCUGUUCGUGCUGGCCAGCCCGUUGCCGGCGAAUGGGGAGUUUCUCCUGCAGGGCCGAUGGCUGUUCCGAGCGGUGGAGGUGGGACACACGGACACCUAUGAUUCCUCUAUCUUGUGGGUUCCGGACUUGCGGCUGGCGGUAUGCGGCGACGUCGUGUACGGACAGGUGCACCAGAUGCUGAGGGAGGCGAACACGGCGGAGAAGCGGGCGGAGUGGAUUUGCGCGGUGGAGAAGGUGGAAGCGUUGGAUCCGCUGUAUGUCGUGCCGGGUCAUUGCCAGGAGGGGGAGAUCCAUGGCCGCUGGCACUUGGAGAACACCAAGCAGUAUAUACGAGAUUUUGAGAAGGUCUUGCAGGCGGGACCCAAGUCGCAGAGAGAGGUGGUGACUGCCAUGAGCAAGCUGUAUCCGGACCGGUUCAAUAUUGGGGCUGUGAUUUUGAGCGCCAUGGGUGCGGCCCAGGCGGCUAAACAGGCUCGGAUGUGA